GAGCUGGAGGACAUACAGGACCAGAGCAGAGCAGAGCAGAGCAGAGCAGAGCAGAGCAGAGCAGAGCAGAGCAGAGCAGAGCAGAGCAGAGCAGAGCAGAGCCGAGCCGAGCAGAGCAGAGCCGAGCCGAGCCGAGCAGAGCCGAGCAGAGCAGAGCGGAGCGGAGCAGAGCGGAGCAGAGCAGAGCAGAGCAGAGCAGAGCAGAGCAGAGCAGAGCAGAGCAGAGCAGAGCAGAGCAGAGCAGAGCAGAGCAGAGCAGAGCAAAGCAGAGCAGAGCAGAGCAGAGCAGAGCAGAGCAGAGCAAAGCAGAGACAAGACACGACACGACAAGACAAGACAAGACACGACAAGACACGACACGACAAGACAAGACAAGACAAGACACGACACGACAAGACAAGACAAGACAAGACAAGACAAGACAAAACACGACAAGACAAGACAAGACAAGACAAGACAAGACAAGACAAGACAAGACAAGACAAGACAAGACAAGACAAGACAAGACAAGACAAAACACGACAAGACAAGACAAGACAAGACAAGACAAGACAAGACAAGACAAGACAAGACAAGACAAGACAAGACAAGACAAGACAAGACAAGCUAUGUGAGUAA